CUUCAUCCUCUCAUCCCUAACCAUGACAGAAACAGCAGACAGCAGUAAAACUAGACCUCCUCCUCACUUCCUCCGCACCAUUCUCAUCCUCAGAGCGAGGAGAGAGAGACCCACAACAAUAAACAACACAACGUAGAGGAAGAGGAAAAGGGGGUGCCGUUGGAAAAGCAGAAGCACAAAAACAAAACAUGCGUUGAUCAACAGUGACAACAACACAUACCCAAAAAUUAUGCCGGCUCAACUCCUUAUGGCGGGAGUGGGACUCUCCCCGAUCAACGGCUCCUCUUCCUUAUACACAGCCCUUUCCUUCUCCUCCACCUUCCAUUCCACUCAUCUUGCCGCCUCUCCAUCCACCUGCACCCGACCCCAACCUCGCCUCCACCGCUGGGUCCCACUCGUUUUCUCUUCCUCCCCAUCGGCUGCCCAUCUCGACCACUACGCUGUUCUCGGUCUCCGGCGGAACGCCUCUUUCGCUCACGUCAAACGAGCUUACCGCCUUCUCGCCCGUAAGUAUCAUCCCGAUGUUAGCAAAGACUUGCAAUCUGGCGAGGUAUUCAAGAGAAUCAGGCAUGCAUAUGAAGUUCUAUCUAAUGAAACAACAAGGACUCAGUAUGACCGAGACCUCAAAUUGCAAGAAGACACUGACAGGCGAGAUAGAGGAAAAUGGAACCAUAGGCCUGAAUGUGAAGACAGGGCAAGGAUUUAUAGGUGGGCUGAAGUGAGGUUAAAAAUGCAACAUGAGAGAUAUUGGGAGCGCCAUAGCUAUAACAUCACUGAGGAGAACCCCUCCUAUGAUGAUUCGGAUGAGAUGUCUGAAGAAGGAAGUAUGGAUCAAGAGAAAGGACCCUUCACCGAAGUGCUUAGAUCUGCCUUUAUAUCUAUAUUUAUUCUGCGGACCUUUGGUUCUAGAUGGUCUCUCACCUUUAGUAGCCUCAUGGCCAUGUUUGAUAGGAGGCUGGAUGCAGGGUAUAAGAUUGGUUAUGUAAUCGCAUGGAUUUUGGGCGGGAGUGGUGGUGUUUUGCUGACUUUGUGCCUCUCUUUUGCAAGUUGGGUUUGUGGAAAAACCAGCAGCAGCAUAGUUGCUCUGGUGGUGGUAGCCAUGUGGGUAGCCUCCAGUUUGGCAAGGUAUGCACCACUUCCACAGGGUGCUCUUCUCACUCUUUUGUACAUGUCUAUUAAGCUACAGGUCGAAUUAAACUAAAGCUGCCAACUGCUACUUCAUCUUCUGUAAAAAGAAAUCUCAGUUUCUGUAAAUUUUGUUCUUUAGAAAGUGGCUGUGUACAUAAGCUGUUUCUGUUAUCGUGUUCUGAGAGUUGUUAAUUGUAUACUUCCACUCCCAUUGGAUAUAAAAAUCCAGUAGGAACUGGUUUGACAAAUAGAAGGUGCAGAAAUUGCAGACUGGACACUGAUACUUUUUGGAUCAA